UUAGUAUGAAGAAUGAAUUGAUUGAUGUAUUUGUGUCUCCUGCAGAUUCACAUUUCCAUGAUCAGAAUCUGCUCAUCACAAAGUCAAACCUGUUUUCUGGUACUGACAUGACAGGAACUGUCCUGUGUGAAACCACAAACCAGACUCGUUGGUGUUGCAUUACAAAGAGCUAAACAGUUGAGCCGACAAAUAAGAUGAUGCACCAUGAUCACACUUCAGCCAUUGUUUCCCGCAAUACACAGACAGACAUUUUUAGUGAUGUAAAUAACCUUCCUAGAUUUUUAGCGUCUGAAUGUGAGCGACAGACUUUUCUGAUCUUCUCAUCUCAUUGUUGCUCCUAAACCCCUGAAAAGUAAACAGACAACAGUAUUCUCAGUAUCUGCUUUUCUCUGGAUCUACUAGAUCAUCUGAGGGAUUUGACUGAAUCAAGAUGCUGCUGAUCAUUGAAGCUCUUCUUCUCAUUUUAGCUGCUCUAGGACAGGAUCACAGAGCUGCUGCUGCUUUUGAAAAUAUACUUCCAUUGGAUAUGGCACUGAAUUCAGUUGAUGACCAAUAUGAGGGUUGUAGAGAGAAAAUGGCAAACCUGGUAGAGACAACAUAUCUAAAGAAAGAAAUCAACAACUCAACUGAUUUUAAAAUUGCUUGGAAAAAAGGGAAAGACUUUUUCAAGACCCAAAAGUACAAAGACCUAACAAAGAAUAAUUUAAUUGCUAUUUAUGUGUACAGUGACAGUAAUGUAUUUAAGCAUUUUAAUCCUGACACUCGUAAUGGUAAAAAAAAGUACAAACAAAUGAGAUACAAAUGGUAUUCACUUCACUUUCUGUUAACAGAAGCGAUACAGAUUCUGAAUAAAACACAAAACCAAUGCUAUUAUACAUAUCGUGGUACCAAAGCUGUAUUUGAUAAGCAUGUUCUGAACAAAGAGGUCCGUUUUGGCCAAUUUGCUUCUUCCUCUCUUGUUCGUAAAAAAGCACAGCGUUUUGGAAAUAUAUCUUGUUUUGAAAUUUAUACUUGUGAAGGUGCUAAUGUGUCAAAAUACUCUAAGCUUCCUCAUGAGAAAGAGGUGCUGAUUCCUCCAUAUGAGACGUUUAAAGUCACUGCUGUCAAGAAAAGUAAAGGUCAGAAAGAUCUCUGGUGUGACACUGUGUAUGUGUUGAAAAGCUCUGGAAACAGAAGUGACCUGAACUGUGCUCUAUUCAAGAAACCAACCAAGACCAUAAUGAAGUGAUGUACAUCAGUUCCAUAUAUAAAGAAUGUUUUUUUUUUUUCAGUUUUGUUCAAUAAUUCUUUGUCAGAAAAUACAAUUUGUUUACAUAACUUCAACAUAAAUAAAUAAAGUUAUUUUUAAGUGACCAAAUUCAGUGGCCUUUAAGUGAUUUUAUGUUAUUCUAAAACAUUUCUUUAUUUAUACUUACACUAUAUUAUCAAUACAAUAAAUAAAAAUUUAAAAAAUUUUUGCUUCUUGUUGAAUUUAAUUUGUUUCAGUAAAC